AUGCCAUCGACUUCAACAGCUGCCAGUAGUCGACCGGGUAGCGCUCGAAAAAGCAGUACUCCUAGACGGAUCAACAGUCCCUCAAAUGCCGAGGGAUAUUUCUCAUUUCCCGUAUUUGAGCACGUUCAGAAAGAUGAUGCUACCACCAGCAAAGGCACCAACGAAGAUGAUACCCACAACCAGAACAACAGCGAAGGAACACAUCUGUCUAAAUCAGAGACUACUGCAACAUACAAUUCUCAGAACUCCGGUGCUAGUUCCACUUCCUCUAUGAAACCUGGAUUUUUACGUCAACUAUCUUCAGUGUUCAAGACGAAAUAA